CUGUACUAGUCCCAUGGCAAAGCUCACUAUCUUUGUCCUACUCAAACUAUUUCUCCUCUGCUUCUUGCCAAGAUCAAAUGCAGUCUACAGUGUACUUAAUUAUGGAGCCAAAGCUGAUGGAAAGACGGACUCGGCCCAGCCACUCCUCAAAGCUUGGGCGGCGGCGUGCCGGUCAUCUUCUCCGGCGACCAUCCAUGUGCCUGCAGGGAGUUUCCUAGUAAGCCAAGCCAUCUUCCAUGGCCCAUGCAAGAACACUGCGAUCAAGUUUUCGAUCCAUGGGACGAUCGUCUCGCCUUCAUACUACGGCAAGUCAGAUGCUUCAGGGAAAUGGAUUGCCUUUAAUAACGUCGAAGGCGUCACGAUUCGCGGCGGGAACCUCGACGCAAGAGGUGGAGCUUUGUGGACCUGCAAAUUUGAUGGCCGGAGCUGCCCAACCGGUGCACCUUCGCUGAUUGUCAGCAACUCGAAGAACAUCGCGAUCGACGGCGUAACGUCGAUCAACAGCGAGCUGUUCCACAUUGUGAUCCUUGGUUGCCAAGGAGUGAGGAUUCGAGGUGUUCACAUCCUGGCAUCAGAAAACAGCCCGAAUACUGACGGCAUCCAUGUUCAGAUGUCCACCGGCGUGAGCAUCGUUCAGGCCAACAUCAGGACCGGCGAUGACUGCAUCUCCAUCGGACCGGGCACCUCCCACCUUUGGAUUGAACGUGUGUUCUGCGGACCAGGGCAUGGCAUCAGCUUAGGCAAGUUGGGGGAGGGACUUCAGGUGGAGGGUGUGCAAAAUAUAACGGUAAAAUCCGUCAUGUUUGCGAACACUCAAAACGGAUUUAGGAUUAAGACUUGGGGAACAAAUGCUCGUGGCUACGUUAAAGAAGUCGUCUUUGUAGACGCAGUGAUGCGAAAUGUCCAAAACCCUAUCAUCAUCGACCAGAACUAUUGCCCUGGAAACCACAAUUGCCCUGGACAGAAUUCGGGCAUUGAGAUCAGUCAUGUGAAGUACAAGAACAUUCGAGGGACAUCCGCAACAAAAGUGGCUGUGAAUUUCAACUGUAGUCCAAGGAAUCCAUGCAAUGGAAUUCGAUUGAAAGACAUUAAGCUCAUGUAUCAAAAUCAAUGGGCGCGGUGUUAUUGCAAGCAUGCUUAUGGAAUUGCUACUGGUUCUGUUAUCCCACCGAGUUGUCUUUGAUGCUUAUGCCACCAACAUUAUGCUAUUAUUCUAGGGUAUCCCUGUGGGUAUUGGGUAAGUCUGUGCAUUGGCCUGCUCAAGCCGACGCUCAAAUGCCUUUGUUUCAUGUAGUUUUGCCUAUGCACUUACCUUGGUGUAUAGAAAAAAACUAAUUUUUAGACCACCCAUAUCUACCGGAAGGCGAACAGUGCUACCGACUGGAUGGCCUCCUUUGCAGCUUAUCAUACUAGAGAGUUUUUUUUUGGAGAAUUAAGCCUUUAUUUCUAUUCUCUCCGUCAGCUUCUCUUUUCUAAUUUUGUCGGCUGCACUCAUGUACGUUUUGUGUAAGACGCUGUUAUA